CCACAUUUCAGGCUUAGCAUCCUGAGCAAGUUUGCAGAGGGACCAAGGCCGUUCAUUCCCUGUGCCAGCAGAGAAGCACACAACCAGUUUUGCUGUCUGUAAGCCUGCAGUAUUUCCUGGUUCAGUGCAAGUUAAAAGUUUAGGACAGCCCUAAGUUCAGGAAUGAAUUGAGUAAUACUUUGAGUAUGGUCUCUCUCACCCUCCUUCAUUCAAGGACAGCCACUCUCUCAAUAUAGGAGAUUACCCAAGACUACAGUUCUUGUUCUUAAAACAGAAGAUCAAACAAAAGCAGAUGAAGGGAGAGGCAUUUACCACACUGAACUGUUACUUGGCAUUCAGAAAUGUGUUCAUAACCUGCCUAUGUUGCUGGCAGGGGAGUCUGCCAGAAGACACCAGCUCCAUAGCCAUUAGAAGUGGUACUGCAGGGGAUACACUGAUGGGUUUCUCAUCCUUCUUGUCUGUGUCUGAUAAUGAUGAGAUAACCUGUGUUUACUUCAGAGAAAGACUCUACUGGCAGUUGUGGCAGGAUACAGAGUCACUCAGACCUUCAAAAUGAGAGAAAUUAUGCCUUUGCCAGAAAAGGAGCUACUGAGAAUCCCUGUGGCCCAGCUGAUCUCAAGCAGUGCAUUUUAUUGGAGCACAAAGCAGAAAAAACACUAGAGAACUUGGAGAUGGCAGGCAGCCAAAAAUAAGAGACUUCGGGAUAACCAAAUCCUGCCCACAGCAACCUUUUUUCCCAUCUUGGGAUUGUCUCUCACUGGCCAUUUUCAGAAGCUUCCUGGAACACAAUGUUAAAAAGUCUCAGUCUCCAACCUAUUUUCCCUGCAUCACAGCAGUGUUACCUGCUUCACAGCCUUCUGGGCCUUUUGUCAUUUCUAGCUCUGCUGCAGGCUUCGGCCUGACCAUCCGUGGUUACAAAUUCCCCAGCAGGAAUAGGCUUCCUCUCAAGAAAGGAAGGCUGCCACUCGGAUAAAGACAAACACCUGCUGGCUGUCCUGCCUGCUCCUCCUUCUCUUGGCCCACUGCUUUAGUAAGCCCACAACACGCAUAAGAGGGCAGCAAACAAAACAGCCAUGGUCACUGCCAGAAGGGCCAGUGUCAGUCCUGGUUCUUUGAUGUCAAAGAUGCAGGUGUUUUCUGGUUCUUUUUACCCUGUUAAGCAGUAAGAAGUGCUUUGGCAUAAGAUUUUGCUUAUAAGAAAAAAAUAAUUGGAGUUUGAGAAAUGAAGCUCAUCUGUACUGGUAAUUUAUUGCAAGGGAAGUGAGAAUGUGGAUCCCAGGUACUCUUUUCCAAGUGCAUAAUUAUCAUGUCUUGGGAUGGGGUCACCUCUUCCACUUUAAGAACAGAUUAUACUGCACCCUUCAUUUAAUUUGCACGGAAGGUGUUGAUAUGGAAAGCUGGCAGAGGAUAGCUGGUGUGCUUUCAGUUCCCAUGUCAGCUCACUUAGCAGUAGCUUCCUUGUGUCAACAUAUCUCAAAUAUUUAUGACUUAAAGGAAAAACUUUGCAGGUCCAGAAAUCUCCUCCCAGCCCAAGGAGGCAGAAAAACACUGCUCGAAUUUAUCAUUUGCCACCUGCCACCAUGACGUCAGCUCAGGGCUGAGCUCUUUACCUGUGGCUGGGACCUUAAAUGAGCUGACGCCAGAAGAGAAAGGCACUUUCUCUUAGGCUUAGCAGCAAGUGGCAGCAGCAACAGGAGCGGCAAUGAGGCGUUCUGUGUUCCUCGCUGUGUGGCUCAGCCUGGUGUUGAGCCUUUUGAAAGAAACCACUGCUACAACAUCUGCUACCACUCCCGUGUCGGCAACAACAAACACUGCAGAAACCACUGCUACAACAUCUGCUACCACUCCCGUGUCGGCAACAACAAACACUGCAGCCACUGGUACAACAUCUGCUACCACUGUCGUGCCGACAACGACAAGCACUGCAGAAACCACUGCUACAACAUCUGCUACCACUCCCGUGUCGGCAACGACAAACACUGCAGAAACCACUGCUACAACAUCUGCUACCACUCCCGUGUCGGCAACGACAAACACUGCAGAAACCACUGCUACAACAUCUGCUACCACUGUCGUGCCGACAACGACAAGCACUGCAGUGGACUUCUGCCGUGAAUAUCCUUGUGGAAGAAAUUUGGCUACAUGCAUUUCCUUACAAAGCAACUAUACCUGUGAGUGCCAAUAUGGAUUCUACUACAGCGAUAAGAAUUGUUACAGAGGGAAAGUAUACCCAGCGACCAUUGGAGUGAGUGCAUCUUACAGUGAUAGUCUUCAAACAGUAAAUUCCACGGAGUAUGAGCAGGUGUUCAACAGUGUAGCAGCAUUUUUUAAGACGGCCUUCGACAAUCUAACAGGCUACAUACAAACUGUCAUCGUGGAAAUUCAACCUCCAAAAGAAAGCAGAAAUUCUGCUCCAGUGAAUGUAACAGUGACAAACCUGUUCACGUGGAACUCAACUGUAAAUGAGGCCUCAGUUAAUUCUGCAGUACAACAUGCAAUAAACAGUGGAGGAGAGUCAUAUGUCCGUACUUACGAAGAGACAACAUCUUGUGCUGUUUAUCAAUGUGAUACUCAAACCACGGUGUGUGAAGGGAACAUGUUUCCAGAAUGCAAAUGCAAACUUGGUUUAGAAAAGACAGAAUGGGAUGAUCGUUCUUGUUCAGCUUGCAGUAAAAACUGUACUGCAGAGGCACACAAGUACUGCGUAAAAGAAAAAAUGGGUCCAGUAUGCAGAUGUAUGACUAACUUUAAACAGGAGGAUGGAAACUGUGUGGCUUGUCCAGUGGGCUACUCUGGGGAGGAUUGCAGGGACAAUACUGAACUCAUCCUUAUAAUCGUGGGCACAGUGUUUGGAGCCGUUAUCCUGAGUUUAGUGAUAGCAGUCUCUAUUAUUUCAGUCAGAGCAAAAGGAAAACGAAAUCCAGAGAAGAGGAGCCUGAUACAGCCAGAGUAUUCCAACACAAAUAGAUCUGAUGACAGACCGGGCAUGUUCCCCAGGGUCCAGACCACUUCUGGCCAUGCAAACCCAGGAUAUCAGUCAAACAACCCCUAUGAGAUGCGUUCCACAAAUAGAGGUCAUUUUCCAGAGAGGGAUUAUGAUGAUUUGUACGAAAUAUCACGGGAGCCUAGGGGCUUUAGGAUGCAGAGCAGAUAUUGAGCAACCAGAGCAGUAGAAGGAUGGACGACCACCACAACACUGGCUCAAGAGCAAAGAGUUUCACAGCCUCUCACCAAUGCAGUUACUUCAGCAGAAGAGACAACAACGUCCUUAACCCCAGAUUCUCUCAAGAUUUCCUAGAGGAAGACUCCUGCUUGAAAGAUGUCAUGGACAACUUUGAAAUAAGGGAAAAAUGUAAGAGAGUAGGGAGAAGAAGAGAACUUCUUUUAAAAGAACUAAUGUGCUCCAAUAAACAUUAGACUUCUUCAAUGAGGACAGUACAUUGGCAAGAGAGUGAAUGCAGACAAGAUAAAGGAUUUUAACCCUGCUGGUUUUCAGUUCUUCUGGAAGAUGGUCCAGGCAAUAUAUGUGAUGCUGAAAAAAUGUCAGUACCCAGAACUUUGCUUGGAUUUGUGCUCACUCAGUUUGAACUAUGGCUUUGGGCAGAUGGAAACUGUUUUUCAUGAGAACCUGACCUGUUUCACUUUACUGUAUCAGAUACAGGUUUUUUCACCUUCCUCAACCCCCAAGUAUUUCCCAUCUGAAAGCAUUCUGUUCAGAUCUCUGCUGAUCUGUGUUGUGUGAGACAAUGGGACUUGUCUGACCUUUUCCACAGCCUUCCUUCCCAAUACAAUGACAAGAUACAAUAUCUUCAAACAAACACUAUUCUUCUUCAUCUUGCAAAACUGCAUCGAUUUUACAUUUUUAGCUCCUGUGGAAAGUGUUAGCAUUUUUUUUUCUCUUGCAGUUUUUAUGUUUGAAUGAUCAUAAGCUUAGUGUUUGGGGUUUUUUAAAUUUCUUACAUAAAUCUGUCUGUAAAAGAAUUUACAUUUUAGUGUAUUUUACUGAGUGUGCAUCAUCUGUUGACUGGCAUUAACAUUAUACUUAUAAAAAAUACUUAUAUUCACAUAUAUGUACAUAUAUUUAUAGAUUACAAUCAUUUAAAGCAUCGUUUAAUUCUGUUCUAUUUUGUGGUUUGGUUUUUAUAUAAGCAGAUUAAGUUUUCCUAUUAAACAUUAUUUUUUCUCAGUA